AUGACAAAUGCAGAGUGGAGAAAUCAAACAACCAUCAUAGAAUUCAUCCUCCUGGGAUUUGGGGAUCUCCCCGCAUUGCAGAUUCUUCUCUUCCAAUUGUUGCUAGUGAUCUAUAUUGUGACCUUGGCUGGGAACAUCCUCAUCAUUGUGCUAGUUGUGGUUGAUCAGCACCUUCACACCCCCAUGUACUUCUUCCUGGGGAACUUGUCCUGCUUGGAGACCUGCUACACCUCCACCAUCCUGCCCAGGAUGCUGGCCAGUCUCCUGACUGGGGACAGAACCAUUUCUGUUAGUGGCUGCUUGGUGCAAUUAUAUUUCUUUGGUUCUCUAGUAGGUACAGAAUGUUACCUACUAGCUGCAAUGUCUUAUGAUCGGUAUUUAGCGAUAUGUAAACCACUGCAUUAUUCAACCCAUAUGAAUGACAGGUUCUGCCUCCACCUAGCAGCUGGGUCUUGGCUAAGUGCAUUUUUGGUUGUUACCAUAAUAAUAUUUUUAAUGUCACAAUUAACUUUCUGUGGCCCCAAAGAAAUGGACCAUUUCUUUUGUGAUCUCACUCCAGUGAUAAAACUGUCCUGUAGUGUCACCCACCAGAUGGAACUUGUGACCUUCUUGGGCUCCUUCCUAUUCACUUUACCACCAUUUCUAUUAACCCUGACAUCCUACGUUUGUAUAAUAACUGCCAUCCUGAGAAUCUCUUCUAGCACUGGGAGGCAAAAGGCAUUUUCCACCUGUUCUUCUCACCUUAUUGUGGUGACUACUUUUUAUGGCACGCUAAUCAUUGUGUAUAUUUUACCAAAAACCAAGAUGCUGCGAGAGCUUAACAAAGUGUUCUCUGUCUUCUACACCAUCCUGACUCCCCUGGCCAACCCCCUCAUCUACAGCCUGAGAAACAAAGAGGUCAUGGAGGCCCUGAGAAAAGCUGUCAGGAACUCUGUGGCUUUCAUGAGUUCAUUUAUAGAGGGUGACAUUAGAUGUAGUGUAUGA